UCAGACUUUUUGCAAUACAAAUAUACAUGUUUGCGAAUAAAAGAAUAUCCAGUGCACUUCCAGAAUCAUAACGUGUACUGUUGUACUUAACAACAGCCCAGGUUAAAGCGACACCAUUAGGUCAGAGCGAAAUGAGAUCAGUAUAACCGCACAUACAUCCUCCAUUUUAGAUAAGACACAGGGCUGGUCGGGUUGCCCCGCCCAAUAGUCGACGUCACCAGCAACCGCUCCACUCCCUGUAUAAGCCCCGCCCUGUCGCACGCGCUCUUCUCCCGCCCUGUGUAACUACGUGCUUGGUUGUGAGUUCCCCCGGUGGAGAGCGUCGAGAACAACGGAGCUGACAGCGGCACCUCCAGUCAAGGGGAAGAUGGAGACCAGGGAUUCGGACUUCAAUAUAUUGUUAGCCACUGAUUCGUACAAGGUCACGCAUUAUAAACAGUACCCACCGAACACUAGUAAAGUGUACUCCUACUUCGAAUGCCGCGAGAAGAAGACGGAUCCCACCAAGACCCGGAAGGUUAAAUAUGACAAAACCGUCUUCUAUGGCUUGCAGUACAUUCUUCACAAAUAUUUAAAAGGGAAGGUCAUCACCCCUGAGAGGAUUCAGGAGGCAAGGGAGGUGUACCGAGAACACUUUCAAGACGAUGUGUUCAAUGAGAAAGGCUGGAACUACAUACUUGAGAAGUAUGAUGGCCAUCUGCCCAUCGAGAUCAAGGCUGUGCCGGAGGGAAGUGUGAUUCCACGUGGAAAUGUCCUCUUCACCGUGGAGAGCACGGAUCCUGAAUGCUACUGGCUCACCAAUUGGGUAGAGACCAUCCUGGUUCAGAGCUGGUAUCCCAUCACGGUCGCAACGAACUCCCGUGAGCAGAAGAAGAUCCUGGCCAAGCAUCUCAUGGAAACGUCAGGAACUUUGGAGGGACUGGAGUACAAGCUGCAUGACUUUGGCUACAGAGGAGUUUCAUCACAAGAGACUGCAGGUAUUGGCGCCUCGGCACACUUGGUAAACUUCAAAGGAACGGAUACGGUGGCUGGGAUUGGAGUUGUUAAAAAGUACUAUGGCACCAAAGACCCAGUGCCUGGAUUUUCUGUACCAGCUGCAGAACACAGCACAAUCACAGCGUGGGGGAAAGACCACGAGAAGGAUGCCUUUGAGCACAUUGUGAAGCAGUUCCCCUCGGUGCCCGUGUCCAUAGUCAGUGACAGCUAUGACAUCUACAACGCCUGCGAGAAGAUCUGGGGCGAGGACCUGAGGGAGCUGGUGGAGAAACGGAGUGCGGAUGCUCCUCUGCUAGUGCGCCCGGACUCAGGGAACCCGCUACACACUGUACUGAAGGUCUUGGAGAUUUUAGGCAAGAAAUUUCCUCCUGUCGAGAACUCCAAGGGCUACAAGGUGCUUCCUCCCUACAUUCGGGUCAUUCAGGGCGAUGGUGUGGACAUCAAUACCCUGCAGGAGAUAGUGGAGGGGAUGAAGGAGCACAGGUGGAGCAUCGAAAACAUCGCGUUCGGAUCAGGAGGCGCGCUUCUGCAGAAGCUCACCCGAGAUCUUCUUAACUGCUCCUUCAAGUGCAGCUACGUGGUGACGAACGGACUGGGGGUAAAUGUCUUCAAAGACCCUGUAGCAGACCCUAACAAGAGGUCAAAGAAAGGUCGCCUGUCUCUGCAUAUGACACCGGGAGGAGAUUAUGUGACCCUAGAGGAGGGGAAGGGUGAGCUAGAGGAGUACGGAGAGGAUCUGCUGCACACAGUCUUCCGUAACGGGAAGAUAGUAAAGACCUACACCUUUGACGAGGUCAGAGACAAUGCCAGGCUCAAGCAGAGUGAAGUGGAGGAGCUGCUUCACUGAGACGCCAAAAAGCUUCUUUCCUCCCGUCCUAAACACACCCACUCCUUUUUCCCCUCCCUCCUUUAAAACCUCUUAACUCCACAAGGUUGGAGAUGUUUUUUAAAAAAAAAAAAAAGCCCCAGCACUGAUAAAGAAAACGACAGAAUGUAACAGAUGGAGAAUAAAAGAGCGGAAGUGAGAGAGAGAGAGAGAGAGAGAGAGAGAUAGUCUCACUGUACCCUGUGUUGUGUGUAUGCAGCUGUUUUUCAGUUUACAGACUCUAUAAAGCUUCACUGUCUCUUUUUAACGUUGGGUAAAAAAACCCCCAAACAAGACAAGAUUGAAAUGGUCAGUUUCUCCACUCCAUGCUUCUCUGCUUCCAGCACACCUGACGUUAAGGGCUUAAUAACGAGUGUGUGGGGAGCUGGGAAACCGUGAAACUGUUCGGCUCAGUGGAGCUGCAGAACUGGAGUUGAGAAACUUUCCAUUUCAAUAGUCUUGAUGAGGCAGUGUAAUUAUAUAUGACCAAAUGGGUGACCAGGCUUUACUGUUCGCCCAGACAUUUGUGAGAGACUGUAUCCUAAAAAAACUAAAGCUGUAGAUAUCUUUUCAUGUCCUCGGUUGAGGGUAGAGGGAGAGACAGAGAGACUGAGACAGAGAGACUGAGACAGAGAGACUGAGACAGAGAGAGAGACUGACAGAGUGAGAGAGACUGUAAAUGUUAAACAGAAAUUUUCAGCCGUAAAUACAGCAAAUAAACAAACAUCAAUUUUCAGCAGUUAUGGGGUGCAGCUGGAAAAAAACACCUUUGUGCACCACCUCCAUCUGCUGGGAGGGGUCACCCUCCUGCUUCCGGAUCAUUCGUCUCAUCUGGGCCUGCGCCAGCUUGUCCUACUAGUCGGCCUAUGCGCUGAACUUCCAGCCAGAGCAUAUCGACCUCAGCGUGCAGAGCCGUCAGUCUCUCCUCCAGAGCCGCCCACCUCGCCAGGUGUAGAGCCAGGUCCUGUUGGCCGCGCCCUAUGCCACGGGCUCGUGCUCCAGCCUGUGGGCCGCGCUCUGCGACGGGAUGGCGCAGGUCUUGACGUCUAAAUUUUUUAUUUCAAAAUUCCACCAAAAAAGCCAAAGAUGCUCAGUGCGGUGAAGUUGUCUUACAAUCAGAUGAUAAUCAUCACUUUAGUCAGUUGUAGAACCCGGUUAAUCUGUUCUGUGGUGUAGAAUUGUUCCGGACAGUUAAAAGUGUGUGGUUGAUCUGGGGUGACCUCUUCCUCCUCCAUGUCUGUGAGGGUUCCUCUCCUGUAGCUCCUGCGCUGCACUCUGGGCCCGAGUCCUCCAACAUCUCGACAUUGUGCUGUGGCUGUUUGGACGAUUCCUCCACCUUGUCCGUCUUCUCCCUUUUUGUUUCCAGUUCAGUUUUAUUGCUCUCAGUGUUGUUGACCUGUGGGUUCUUCUCUUUCUGUUGUGUGGAGUCACUAGCUCUGACAGCAGUAGUGGUGUAGAGUUUGCUAUGAAUGCUGUCUGAUGGUGUUGUUGCUAUCAUGGGCACGGGUGUCAGUAUUAUCACUGAGUGCUGUGUUUGUUUCAGUGGUGUUGGUAUGUUCAGCACUGACCUCUUCUAGCUGUGGCUCCGGUAUGUCGUUACCCCCGUCUGCCCCAGGCUCCUGUUCUCCGGUGUCCCCCCCGCUGGCUGUCUCCACGUCGCCGCUGCUGCUGUACCCCGGCCGUGUCGCCCCCGGAGCUCCUCGGCUGCACAGCUCCGUGUGGGCAGCUCAGGCGUUUAUGCUCGAUCUCCCCACACCCAAAACACCUCAGGCGUUCGGUGGUGUCGAAAACGGUGUAGCUGCUGUCGCCGUGUUUACACUGAAAAUGAACGUCUCGCGUUUGGUCGCGGUUAUUUAGAAACAUAUACACCUGUCUGCGGAAAGACAGGACCUGUUUCACUGCAGAGUUUUUACAGCCGAGCGGGAUAUCAGUCAUGGGGCUGGAGAACUUUCCGAAGCGGGCCAGCUCCGUCAUUAUCAGCUCGUUUUUAAUGAAGGGGGGCACGUUAGAGAUAACGACCCCCGUCUCAGGGACAGAAAGAGGGGUAACGUGUAGCAUAACACCUUUCAGCCAUAUUCCACUUUCAGAAAGGGUAUUGGCUAAUUUUUCUUUCUUCAGGAAAAUUUCCACCGCUUUGUUCAUACAGGAGGCGGAGUAGAUGUUCUCACACCCGACCUGCUCUCCCACCGCUAGCAGAACCUCCUCCACCUGUUCUCCAUUGUCCGGUACACACCUGACGCCAUGGCGGAGAGACAGAGUCUCCCCUCCGGCCUCAGACUGAGAGAGACUGAGAGAGAGAGAGAGAGAGAGAGAGAGACUGAGACAGACUGAGAGAGUGAGACUGAGAGAGAGACAGACUGAGAAAGAGAGAGAGAGAGAGAGAUGUGAAACGUUGCUGAAUGGGAACACCAUGUAUAUGGACCAGGUCUUUUUAUUUCCAAUGCUAUUUCUUUAUGCAAAUGAGAUGGCUAAUUUGAAGGGAUGCACUUUUAAAAUGUUAAUUUUUGGCCUUGUUCAUCUUAGGUUAAUUUCUCUUCCUCGGAGGAAACUAUCCAAAUCCCUUGCUUAGAUGUUUAAAUCGUUGUAGAAACCUUCUCUAGUGUAAACACUGUAAAGUAGCUGUGUCUUGUUAAGGGGGGGUGGUAACUUUUUUUUUUUUUUUUGUACAAGUACAAAUGUCACAUGCCUAUGUUUUCUAUGAUGUAGAGAACAAAAGAAAUGUCGGUUUUAUUAUUUAAUGAGAAUCCUUUUAGAACAGCUUGGCUUCAGUAUUUUGUAUACUAACUGUUCAUUCAAACUCCAUAAUCAUUAUUUUUUAUGACUGAAGUAAAUAUUGCCACAAUUCUCACCGUAAAUAUCCAUAUAUAUGAUAUGACGUGGCCAAAAUGCCUCUCUCUUGUAUAUAAUGAUUGUUUAUUUAAAGAGAGCUGGUUGCUUAGAGGAAAUAGAAGUAUAUUGUUCUUAUUUUUGUCUAAUUCCCAUUUUAUACCAAGCAAAGAAUCCAUUUAUUUGCUAAGUUUCGUUAUGGCUGAAUUUGUUCAGUCAGCCUUGGGGUAGGGGAUGUGUGUGUGUGUGGGUGUGUGUGGGUGUGUGGGUGUGUGUGUGGGGGUGUGUAGUCUUGUGGCUCUAGACUUAGUUGACGAUGCCUGCUCAUUUUAAUUUGUCUGAUAGAUUUAUGUAUAUGUUGGAUGUCCCGAUGUAUUAUUUUUUUUCAUUGAACCUCGGAUAUUUUGAACUAAACUGGCAGGUACAAAACUGUCAGCACAUUAAAGUCCCACCAUCUCUCUUUGC